CGGCCAUGCCGGCCGCCGUGGAGCGGCGGUUGGCGGAGUUCCGCGCCGCCCGCGGCAGCACCGCGGCGGUCGCUGCUGCCCGCGCUGCGCCGCGCUGCGUGGAGCCCGCCGCCGCGGGGCCGGAGGCGGCGCCAGAGGUGGCGCCAGAGGCGGCGCCAGAGGCUGCCGGCGCGCAGGCGCGGGGCGGCGCGGCGGCGCGGCGGGCGCUGAAGGUGCUGCUGUGGGCCGUGCUGCUGGCGCUGGCGGCCGAGCUGGGGCUGGCGCUGCCCUUCGGGCUCCUCUCCGGCCUCUACUGGAUGCACGCCGCCACCCGCGGCCCCGCCGAGCGGCGGCGCGGCGAGCUCAGCGCCUACUCCGUCUUCAACCCCGGCUGCGCCGCCAUCCCCGGGACGCUGACGGCCGCGCAGCUGGAGCGGGAGUUGCUCUACCGGCCCGGCAGCGCUGCCUAGAGCCCUCUCCCGGACAGACGGACGGAUGGACACGAAGUGGUAGCAGUGUGACCGCUUCUGCCCGUGCUCACCUGCUGCUUCUGUUACAAACAUCUGAUUUUUGAUGGAAA